GGAGCGCGGCCGCGGAGGGGCUCGGAGGGGCCCGCUCGCCCUCGCGUCGCCCGGCCCGGCCCGGCCGCCCCCCACCUGCCUCCCUGGGACCGCGGGCGGCGGCCGAGGAGGAAGCAUGCUGGCCUUGUGCGCGCUGCUGGCCGCGCUUUCUGCGGCGCCCGGGGCGGCGCUGGCUCCAGGGGACUGCGCGGCGCUGGAGACGGCCGGUGACGUGCUGAGGAGCCUGCCAGGGGCCAGCGUCACCCUGACCUGCCCCGGGGAGGACCUGGGGGCCAACGCCACCGUCCAGUGGGUGCUCACUGGCUCACAGCACAGGAGCUGGGCCAGUGUAGGAAGGAGGCUGCUUCUGAGGUCGGUGCGCUUCCACGACUCUGGGAACUACUCGUGCUCCCUGGACGGCCACCCGGCUGGGACUGUGCAGUUGCUGGUGGACGUUCCUCCCGAGGAGCCCCGGCUUUCCUGCUCACGAAGGAGCCUCCUCAGCAGCGUGGUCUGCGAGUGGAGUCCUCGGAACCCCCCGUCCCCCACCACCAGGGCUGUGCUGCUGGUGAAGAAGCUCAAGAAAGUCCCAGCGGAAGACUUCCGGGUGCCGUGCCAGUAUUCUCAGGACUCGCAGAAGUUCUCCUGCCAGCUGGAGAUUCCAGAGGGGGACAAGUCCUUCCACAUAGUGUCCUUGUGCGCGGCCAGCAGUGCCGGGAGCAGGUCCAGCGACCCGGAGGCAUUUGAGGGAUAUGGAAUCCUGCGGCCUGAUCCGCCCAGCAACAUCAUGGUCACUGCUGUGGCCGAAAACCCCCGCUGGCUCAAUGUCACCUGGGAAGACCCCCUCUCCUGGAACUCCGACUUCUACAGACUGCAGUUCGAACUCCGGUACAGGGCCGAGCACUCAAAGGCCUUCACCACGUGGAUGGUCAGGAAUUCCCAGUAUCACUGCAUCAUCCACGACGCCUGGCGCGGCUCGAGGCACACGGUGCAGCUUCGGGCCCAGGAGGAGUUUGGACUCGGCUCCUGGAGUGAGUGGAGCCCCGAGGUCACAGGGGUUCCGUGGACAGAGUCCAGGAGUGUACCAGCUGUGACCUCUGCGUCCCCCUCCGUGGAGGUGCCUACUACUGAUGAAGGGGAGCAGGAGGAAGGCCGAAGGAAGAUUUCUGAAAAAGCAACCAGCCUCCCAGGGCAAGAUUCUCUGCCCGUCCCGCUGCCCACGUUCCUGGUAGCUGGGGGAAGCCUGGCCUUCGGCUCGCUGCUGUGCGUCGGCAUCAUCCUCAGGUUCAAGAAGACGUGGAAGCCACAGGCCCUGAAAGAGUGCAAGACGGGCGUGCACCCGCCGUAUUCCCUGGGGCAGUCCAAGCCCACCAUUGUGCUGGCUCCCCUCCUUUCCCCACCUGUGUCCCCCAGCAGCCUCGGCUCAGACAACACCUCGAGCCACAGCCGACCAGAUGCCAGGGACUCGCGGAGCCCUUACGACAUCAGCAACAGAGACUACUUCUUCGCCAGAUAGCUGUCUGGGUGGCCCCUGGCAGCGGGGUGACAGAGGUGCUGAAUCGUGUGGGUGACGCAGCCCACACUGGCUCUGGAAAGACGCUUCUCACUGCCAUUCCAGCUCAUCUCAGGGGCGUGGGGCAUUUGGCUUCACGGUGACGGAAGAGCCUGCAGAAGGUUCUAGACUGGUGGAAAUCGGCUUGCUGCACCUGUUCUGAAGGAAGAGCUGGUUGAGCUUUCAAACCGCUCUUCCCAAGCGCUCUGCUUCGGGGGGUCUCAGCGACUCAGGACACUGUGAAGAGAGCCGCGCCAAGACUCGAUGGGACCGAGGGUGUGGAGGAGCUGCCGGGCACCCCCACACCCGGACUCAUCUCUGCCAGCCGAACCCUCAGGCAGGGGCAGGGGCUUCCGGGAGGCCUGCCGUGGUGGCUGGCUCCUGCCCCUGCCCAGUCGCACCUUGUCCCUCCGACUCUGGAAACCCAAGUGCCUUUGCCAUUCUGUUUCCUGGACUGAGGAUGGCUUUGUGCAAACCACUGAGGCUGGGGAGGGAGCUCUUUCCUGCCUUCCCCCCACACUUGAAAAGCAGCUGGUGUGUGAGUGUGAGUGUGAGUGUGUGUGCAGGGGGUGGUGAAUAAGUCUCAGGGCCGAUGGUUUAAGUGGAAUCAUAAUCAGCUCCUCACGAGUGUUGUGCUCAAUGUGAAUGAUAACCCUAGGCUUUUGCUGGCUACAGAAGCAGCUGCGCCAACUUUGUCCCCCUGUUGGGGUCUCAGGGCUUGAGGACAGAAGCAGAGAGGAAGGAGGGGAGUAGGGACAGGGUCUUCAAGGUCCCCUGUUGUAGCUGAGGGGGACCCCAGCCUCUGGAAACCAGUUUCCUCUCCCCCCUGCCAGUGCUGGGAGCCAAGCCAGUUGACUUCAUCUUGGUUGGUUGGGGUGCCGACCGGACCUGAGUGAUCAGUGUAGACGGUGUCGGUGUGAAAGGAAAACGAAUCCGCAAGAAUGUGCUUCGUGUUUUCGAAAACCUGCUCUUUUCUCUUGAGGUUCUGGGAGCCUCAGUCUUCUCUGGAUUUCGGUUUAUAAAUAACUUGGGGCGGGGCACGAUGAUUCUGUUUAGCACCAAAGCAAGUCCACUCAAAAAAGGAGGAGGAGGAGAAGAAGUUUCCCUUAUGGAGAAGAGAUUCUGGUUUCAUUCUGUAUUUUGUUUUUGUCUUGCAAACCGUAAAAAUAGUCUCUGCCUCUUCUCUGAAUUGGGGAAAAAGUCACUUGUGACUGUCCCCCUGCCCCUCCCCUAGGUGGUUAGGAAAGAAAGGGUGUCCCCCUUCCUGUUGUGAUGCCGCCCACGAGUACCCGGCAAGGUCCUAGAAAGUCCCCACUGAGACUCAGAAGGGAGGUUCAUUUUUUUAAAAAUAUAAAUCCCUUACCUGGGUUUCUUCCUCUUUUUGUUUUGUUCCUUGAACUGGAUUCGGCUCAGCUCCCAUGGAAGCAGCCGAUGGGUGUCCAGCCGUGACACCCGUAACCACCAGCUCACUUUCCUGUCGGGGCUUUGAGAACUCAGUGAUGUUAGUGUCACCCAGACAGGUGACCACAGAGGAGAGCGGUGAUUAAAACGAGCUGUGGAGCCACAGACCCUGAAUUUACCAGACCACAAGGCUUUUCUAGAAGUUUACCCUUUUAGAAAAACACCACCGCCACCAGACACGUGGCGAAGGGUGGAAGCCCCCAUGUGUUCGCCAAGCGCCGGGUUCUGGGCGUCACUGUCUCGAGCCCUGGUGGCUCUCACAUCCUGCCGCCUUAGGCGGGUGGUCCACGGGGUUGACAAGAGUUUCUGAAUCACAAAAAUGCUGUGAAAGGAAAUGUUAGAAUGAGGAUCUGCAUGAGAGAGUGCGACUCUGCCCACGGCUCUUUAACUCUCACACAGUUCUGCCCACAGCCAGGCAGGGCCGCUGGCGGGGGACGUGAGAUCCAGAGAGUUCAUCGUCUCUGAGAGCGAGGCAGCUUUGAUCUCCAAAUUGUUAUUGCUUUCACUAUUAUUGUACCGGAACUGCCUUUUCUUUUGGGGGGAGGCGGUAUCACAGAGGGUUCCCCCCUUUACUUGUUGUAAGCUAGUGCCAGUGGAGGAAAGGCUGGCCUCUCUGGGCUCAGAGUCUGCUUCGUGGCCAGGCCCCUGCCUUAGGCUUUCUGUGUCUGAAUGGUUCCUGGACACGUGUCUCUGUCCACUAGUCCCAUGGAUCACUCUUCCUUAGGUCCCUGCAGUCCACAGGCUGCCUUGGAUCCUCAACAGGGCCGACACUCACCUACGGCCUGCGCCCUCAGCCACACAGCCAGAUGUUGAAGUGUGUGGACAGGGACCAUUGAAGGAGGAGGGAUGCACGAAUUUAGAAGCCCAUCUUGUUGGGUGGGCCCAGUCGAAAAUAUGCUGGACCCAGGUCUAACCUAAAGUGAUCAUCAGUUCUUGUAGCAUUAAUGACAUGUUUUUAAAAAAACAUUGGAUGUGUGUCGUACAAGGUCUUUGGGGGACUCCGCGGUUUGCUCUGAUGGGGUCUCCCCCUGGCCGUUUGUUUGCCGGACCCUGAACUCACACUGGGCCUCCACCACUUCCCCGCUGUCUCAGGAGCAAGGCGUGGGCUCCGUUGUGGGAACUGGUUUGGGAGCCCUGUGGUCCUGAGUAGAGCCCAGCAGGCAGCCUGGGGCUGGCCAUGGCUUGUGAGUCUCUUGAAGAUUGUUCCGGAAUGUCUUGCCCAGCUGCUCCGGCGCUGUCUGGUCCCAUUGCAGGUCCUUAACAUUGACCCACUUGGGAAGGUGUCCCACCCCCAGUUCCAGGUGGAGACGGUGACAAAUCUGUCCUCAUUUGGAGACCGGAGCCACCAACGGUCCUUCUCCAAACAGCAACCUGCAAUGGGGCUGUGGCCAGAAGGCUCCAGCAGCUGCCUCCGGCUUUGGGCCAGGCACUCCCAGGCGUCCCCUAAAAGUCCUUCCAGCCUCUGUCCCUAGUGUGGCUGGGCGCCAGCUCCAGGGAGUUCCCAUGGCAACCUUGAUGAUCGUUAAGGAACAUUGUCAGUUUUCUGAACAUGUGCUCAGAUGGAGAUCUGCUUUGGAAGGGAAGGACUGGGACAGCGAGAGACCUCGCUGGAGGAGCCCACGCCUGCUGACCACGAUACCUCAGCUCUGCAUCGCUUUUGGAGAGAAAUAGAUCAUCGUUUUAAGGGACUUCCCUCUUAAUUACCUGAAAACCAAUACCAAAGGCUGAUGUCAGUGUAUUUUGAUUUUCAACGCUUUUUUCCUUUUAUCGCUAUUUUGCACUUAAAGUGAACAUGGUAAAUGUUUGAAAUAAAUAAUUUCUAAAAAAAGACA